AUGUCUGAACCUGGUGCAACAACAACAGUCUCUGACUGUACCGAUACUGUUACUACAGGUGCAGCAACCGUUACAAUAACAAGCACCGUAGAUGGCGACGAUGAUGCAACCGUCACACAAACAGAAACAGAAACAGACACUGUUAGUGAAUGUACCAGCACCGUUACUUCAGGUUCAGCAACCGUUACUGACACUGUUAGUGAAUGUACCAGCACCGUUACUUCAGGUUCAGAAACCGUUACUGACACUGUUAGUGAAUGUACCAGCACGACCACAACCACAUCACCCAGUCCAGUAUUCAUCACAAGUACAGACACUGUUAGUGAAUGUACCAGCACCGUUACUUCAGGCACCGACACUGUUAGUGAUUGUACCAGCACGACCACAACCACAUCACCCAGUCUAGUAUUCAUCACGAGUACAGACACUGUUAGUGAAUGUACCAGCACCGUUACUUCAGGCACCGACACUGUUAGUGAAUGUACCAGCACGACCACGGACACUGUUAGUGAAUGUACCAGCACCGUUACUUCAGGUUCAGCAACCGUUACUGAAACUGACACUGUUAGUGAAUGUACCAGUACCAGCACGGACACUAUUAGUGCAUGUACCAGCACCGUUACUUUAGGUUCAACAACCCUUACUGAAACUGACACUGUUAGUGAAUGUACCAGCACCGUUACUUCAGGUUCAGCAACCCUUACUGAAACUGACACUGUUAGUGAAUGUACCAGCACCGUUACUUCAGGUUCAACAACCCUUACUGAAACUGACACUGUUAGUGAAUGUACCAGCACCGUUACUUCAGCACCACGACCGAAACCAGUACCGUUACUUCAUUUUCCGGCACAACAACCGUUACUUCAUUUGCCGGCACAACAACCGUUACGAGCACUGUAA